UUUACCUGGUUACUACUCCAGUCAGAUCGUAUAGCAGUUCGCAAGAAGACCCGUAAAGUGUCAUUGAUAAGGUGCAAAUAUGAGGAAAACUAAGAGAGUAAUUUUCCAAAAUUAUCAAAGGGAAAACGAUCACAAUGUGAGCCCUGCAAAGCCGAAAAGGGGAAGACCAAAGAAAUUAAGAGAUGACCUGACAGGCAAGCAACCCACCUUAGUACAAGAACCGAGCAAAAGAGUUGAGAAGAUGAGUUCUUCAAAUCGCAAUCCUAAUAAUACCAUUUUGUCUUGUUUAAUUGACAAUAAUGUAGUGGUAGAGGGAGCAAAAGUGUAUUACCGUCCUGUCAAGAUUCGUCCUAAAUUGACAGAAGGGAGGAUAACUCGUUAUGGAAUUGAAUGCGAUUGUUGUCAGAAGAUUUUUGCCCUCUCAGAAUUUGAAGUUCAUGCUGGUAGCACAAGACACAGGCCAUCUGCAAAUAUUAUAUUAUAUGAUGGCAGAACAUUGACUGAUUGUCAGGAGGAACUGGCAGGUGAGGGUAAAAGGGGGAGAAUCACAAGAAUUCAUAAGACGAAGAACCCUAAGGAGGAACUGCCAAGUGAGGGUAAAAGGGAGAGAAUCACAGGAAAUCCUGAUAGUAAGACUACUAGGAGGAAGAAGGUAGGACACAGCAAUAAUGUUGAUAGCGAUAACAUAUGUUCGUUUUGCUAUUAUGGAGGUGAUUUAGUUUUAUGUGAUCGAUGUCCAUCAGCCUUCCAUAAAGAUUGCCUUGGUCUGAAGGAAGUUCCUGAUGGGGAAUGGUUCUGCCCAUUCUGCUGUUGCAACAUUUGCGGCCAAAACAAAUUACUAGACAAUGAUGUUCAGCAAGAUGGUUUCAUUCUCAGUUGUGACCAAUGCCCACGUAAAUUUCAUGUUGCAUGUGCAAGGAGUAGAGGACUAAUCAAGUUAGAAAGGAAAAGUACCUGUUAUAGUUGGUUUUGCAGUGAUAAGUGCGAAUAUGUAUUCUCAGGGCUCCAACAUCUUUUGGGAAAAUCAGUACCAGUUGGCACAGAUAAUCUCACUUGGACAUUGCUGAAACGAGUGGAGCCUGAUUGUUUUGAUCUUGAGGUCUUAUCAGCUAACAACAGCAAACUGAAGCUUGCUCUUGAAGUGAUGCAUGAGUGCUUUGAACCAGCUAAAGAUGCCUUCACGGGUAAAGAUCUUGUUGAAGAUGUGAUCUUUAGUAGUGGAUCUAACCUAAAUCGCUUGAACUUCCUAGGAUUUUACACAGUUCUUCUAGAAAGGAAUAAUGAAUUAACAACUGCUGCUAAUGUGCGCGUCUUUGGAGAUAAGGUGGCUGAGGUACCCUUUGUCGCUACCAAGUUUCAAUAUCGAAGACUGGGAAUGUGCAGGGUGUUGAUGAAUGAGCUUGAGAGACAACUUCUGAACUUGGGUGUGGAGAAGUUAGUUCUGCCUGCUGCCUUCAGCACUCUUGAGACAUGGAUAAAAGGUUUCGGGUUCUCAGUCAUGACAGAUAGUGAUAAAAAGGCACAUUCAGAUUAUCCUAUUUUGUUUUUUCAAGGUACAGUCCUGUGUCAGAAAUUCUUAAAGAGAUCCCUUCUGCAAGAUUAAAGCCUGGGUGAUCAAGAGUCAUUGGUUAUAACCAAUCAACCCAUCUAGGAUGUAGCUGUCUGUA